GAGAUUUAUUAUUAGAAUCCAGAUAUUCCUAAGAUCAAUAACGUACUCACAACCAGUGAUACGUCAAAUAGUUUGAAUUGGUUUAUAGUCUCACUCGUAAAGUACUUUGAUCUUUUACCUUUCCUCAUCCCUGACGCCAACCUGGAUUGUCACAACUAUACAACCCCAAGAUCAUAUCCAUAUUGACACCUACGAUGAGACUCCACCAGUUUUUGGUCUCAUUGUUUAUGAUCACCAUCACCAUAGCGGUGGAUAUCACAAUCGGUGAUGUGGAUUCUGUAUGUGAAGCUGCCAAGUAUGUGGCAGAUGGAGAGUGGAAUUAUUACGAAGGACUCAAGUACGGAGGUGUGGUAGGAAUGUUUGCCAGUCCCAACUAUUGGUGGAAUGCCGGUGAAGCAUUUGGAGGAAUGGUGAUAUAUUACACUUUCUGUGACAACAAAAAUGAGAGUUUGAGAGACUUGAUUGUGGAUGGAAUGUAUGCUCAAGCCGGUUCCGAUUAUAACUACAUUCCUUCUAACCAGUCGUUAACCGAAGGAAAUGAUGAUCAAGGUGUUUGGGGGAUGGCAAUUAUGGAGGCGGCUGAAAGAAACUUGACGCAGCCUUCUGAUGACCACAGUUGGAUUGCAUUAUCCCAAGCCAUUUUCAAUACCAUGAAUGCCAGAUGGGACACCCUGCACUGUUCUGGUGGCCUUAGAUGGCAGAUUUUUACCUGGAACUCGGGUUAUGAUUAUAAGAACACCAUUUCCAAUGGAUUGUUAUUCCAUUUAGCUGCCAGGUUGGCUCGUUAUACUGGAAACGACUCUUAUGUUGAUACUGCUGAAAAAGUGUGGAACUGGAUGAGUGAUGUUGGCUUUUUCAACAGAGAUGGUGAUGAUUUGAUCAUCUAUGAUGGUGCUAAGAUAGCAAACAACUGUCUGGCCAUCACCAAAACCAGGUGGUCUUAUACAUAUGGUAUUUUACUUUCUGGCUGUGCUUAUCUUUACAAUCAUACUCAAGAUGAAACUUGGAAGGAAUACUCGGAAGAAAUCAUUCGAGUAGCAGUGGAUUAUUUCCAAAGUGAUGGAAUCAUGAGCGAAGCCAGUUGUGCCUCUGGUAGCCAUUGUAAUAAUGAUCAAAGAUCGUUUAGAUCCUUGUUCUCUCGUUGUUUAGGUGUUGCCAGUGUGUUAAUUCCUGGAUCAGACUCAUUGAUGAGCGAUUUCUUAACCAAAAGUGCUGAAGCGGCUGCCCAGUCGUGUUCCGGUGGUACGGACGGGGUCACAUGUGGUGAAGAUUGGACUGCUUCGGGAUAUGAUGGAGUGUAUGGGUUGGGAGAGCAAAUGUCAGCAUUAGAGGUUAUGUUGUCUACUAUACAAGGCAAUUUCGCAGCUCCACUUACGGUCGAUACCGGUGGAAACAACGACACAGAUUCAGAGGCAGGACUUGGAUCUGAAGUCCAAACCAACAGCAAUGAAGUUAAGAUCUCAGGAAAGGACAAAGCAGGUGCCGGGGUGCUAACUGCUGUUGUUUUAGCAAUUCUUAGUGGAGGAGGUGCCUGGAUGAUUUUCUAGUUAAAUUACCAAAUAUAAAAAGUUCG